AUGAGCGCUAUCGAGAACAUCUACCAACCUGUCACCGAUUUCACUGACAAAGUCAUGGGCACGGGACCCGCACAGUCAGGCGAAGAGCCGCUAUCUGGUAUACAAGGCGAAGGGACCGCAGACGACCCCUACGACCAAGGAAAUGUCGAACAACCCGCGGAGUCGGGAGAAGAACCUCCAUCAGGGAUUCAAGGCAAAGGCACAGCAACAGACCCAUAUGAUGGAGGAAAUGCACCAGAAAACCCAUCGAAAUCCGAUAGCCCAACACUUGUCGCUCCCGCACAAGCGACGAACGACUCUGCCAAGUCAACCGUUGCCUCAGGCAAUUCCACAGCAUCCAAGCCGGUCACAGUUGAUGGCGAAGAUACCCGAGGACGAGAUCCGUUGAAAGCCCCCCCAAGACGCCGACAGGAAGAGGGCGACGUGAGUCCGGGCACAUUGGCUGAUGGCUCACAUGUACCAACCAGCGGGGAUCGUGGAGAGAACUACGAACCUGGGAAGUUGAGUAAGCUGAAGGGCAAGCUGUCAUUUGGGAGACACUGA